AUGAUCAUGGCACUAACGCUGGUAGCUGGGGAAUUUUAUGAUGCAAAAUAUGAUGAUUUCGAUAUAGAGCCACUACUAGAAAACGAUAGGAUUUUACAAGGAUACACUAAGUGCUUUCUCGAUGAAGGACCUUGCACACCGGAAGCAAAAGAUUUUAAAAAGGUUAUUCCAGAAGCACUAGAGACAUCUUGUGGCAAGUGUUCCCCAAAACAGAGGAUACUGAUCAAAAAGGUGAUCAGAGCUAUGAUGGAAAAGCAUCCGGAUUCUUGGAACAAAUUAGUUGACAAGUACGAUAAAGACAAAAAAUUCAGAGCAACGUUCAAUAAGUUUAUUGAGGAAGAAGACUAA